AUGGAUAGGGAAAAUGCCACGCCAUGGGGGGUGCUCACCGGCGCGAGCUCAGACCAGAGGUGGCCCUGCGCAAACAAAGGGAGAGUGGAGGUUGGCCAUGGCCACACUCAAGGUGGGCAGGGCACCGAGAGGAGUAGCCAUGGCCAUGGGGUCCUUGCUGCUGGACGCGUCCAGAAGAGGCAAGGCCGUGCCCCCGCCCGCCCCCGCGCAACCGCCGCGGCGCUCGACGUGUGGACGUCCGAGCCGGCGCCCGUGCAGGAGCGGCGCCGGAAGCUGCUCCAGAUGCUGGGGCUCGCCGGGGACCCCGCCCUGGCGCGCCUCGAGAUGGGCCGAUCGGUCUCCUACGACGACGAGCCUGUGCCCGUCCGCCCGGCGCCGGCCUCGCUGCCCAUCUCCCGAUCCAGAUCAGACGGUGGCGCCGUGCCGGCCUCGGCAACCAAGCCGCCGCUGGGAGGGCGGUCGCCGGGCUCCUCCGAGGCCACGCCCGAAGGGGAGGAGGAGGAGGAGGCCGACCCGAGGUGUCUGAUCCGGAACGUCGACGACGGCAGCGAGUUCGUGGUCAAGGAGGGGUCCGAGCUCCGCGAGGUCGGCACGGGCCGGCAGCUCACCAUGGAGGAGUUUGUUGACCUCUGCGUCGGCCGCUCGCCUAUCGUCCAGGAGCUCAUGCGGCGCGAGAACGUUGCGAGCUCCGGCUCGUCCACCCCCGUCCAGCGCUCCAACUCCGACUCCAGCAACGAAGCGACGCGCCACCGGCGGCGGCGGCGACAUAGCAGCUGGCUUCGGGGCAUCCGGAACGUCGCCGGCUCCGUGGUGGCCAGCUCCCGCGACCGCCGCAGCAGCGACGACAAGGACACGUGCUCGGAGAAAGGCGGGCGCCGGUCCAGCUCGACCACAGACGACAGCCAGGACAGCGCUGGAGCCGUGCGCCACGGCCCGGUGCGCGUUAAGGUGAGGCAGUAUGGCAAGUCGUACAAGGAGUUCAGUGGCCUUUUCAUGAACCAGGAGAUUCAGGCUCACGAUGGCUCCAUCUGGAGCAUCAGGUUUAGUCCAGAUGGCCGGUACCUCGCGAGUGCUGGGGAAGACUGCGUGAUCCAUGUCUGGGAAGUGUCAGAGUUCGAUAGGAAACACGAAGAGAACGGAGCGUGCAAUCCUUUUGUUGCGAUGGUGUGCAACGGUUCGCCGGAGCCAACAUUAGCUGUGGCCAGCAGUGUGGAUGGGAGCAAUCGUGAGAAGAAGCGUCGGGCAAGGUUCUUGGAGGGUCGUAGGUCUGUGAGCUCAGACCGGCUAAUGCUGCUAGAGCAUGUGUUUGCGCUGUCAGAAAAACCGAUUCGGACCUUCAUGGGGCACUCAGAAGAUGUGCCUCAUGACCAAUUUAGUUUGCUGUGAAUUUGACGUGUGGGGUCCAAUUUAAUGGAAGGGGAUUUUGUCACACUUUGUGAUGAUGGCCAAAAUUACCUAACCUUGAGCGUGAUAAAUGGUCACAAGUAGAUUUGCUUUGCACAUUGUCCACUGCUAGCGUCCAAAGAAAUUUCCUUCUUACUUGACAAGCUAGGGUUCAUCCUUGUGUGGCGGGCAGAAUUACAGUCAUGGCUUGGACCUACAUCUGCCACUGAG